CUUCGGACUAACUCAAAAUUCCACCGUACUCAUUGGCCUGGCGACUAGAUAAGUAUCACCUCGUUAAUUCGAGGUCCUAAGUUUUGGAAAUUUUAAGUAUAUGAUAAAGACCUUCGGAUGCCAACUUUACUGUUCACUAAUAUUACCAAGAGUGUGGAGAGUUGAAUUGGGUAACGUAGUCUCACAGUUGAACUACCGCGACUUUAUCCAUUUCACUAAAUAUGAUGAAGAAACCAAUUUCAAAGACAUUUAAUUUAUGUAAAUUAUAUUACUAUUGAUAAUUACGGACAUCAUUAACAUACACUUUACUCACUUCAGUGGCAGUUUUCACUAUAGUGAUACUAUCAGUGAAGUAUCAUAAUUCUUCGUAAAUCACGUAGACUUAUGUUUUUACUACGUUACAGUCAGUUAUUCUUUUGACGUGGUUGGUAUACACAAUUCCUGCCAAUAUUUUCUGAACACGGUGGGAAAUACAUUCAAGGUUCAUUUAAUCUUACACACUAACGUUCCUCAAUACAUAAGAGCAGUUCAAAAAGUCUACUCCAUGUGGCUUAUUGGUCAACAGCUGGUUAUAUAAUGGUUCAUGCUAGGUCAAUUCAAAAUUGAAUUUGUCGCGCACCUUCUUCCCGUGUCAGUGGGGUUUAGUAAGCCACUGGUCUUCGCUUGAUUGGCUGACCAAACGUUAGUACAAACAUGUUUGAUGUGGUUGUUAUCGGUGCAGGUAUAUCUGGACUGGGAGCUGCCCACCUACUCACUCGGGAAUCAUAUAGUGUUCUAGUAUUGGAGGCACGCAAUCGUCCAGGUGGCCGAAUACAUAGCGUGCGCCUACCCUCACUAUCAACACCUGUUUCUAAUGUCCAAUCAAGUAUCAAUCAUGACAACCUCAGUACUUAUCACUUCCAUAUUGAUGAACAAAAACCUAAUACGUCAGUACAUGAAUCAUCCGAUUCUGAUAGUUCCAUGUCAUCUUCUCUUCCAUCUGGUCACCAAUCAUUUGAUCGUCAAUUGGAUGAUGAAACUAAUUCAGAUUAUUCUGGUCCGAUUGAUGUUGAUCUUGGUGCAAACUAUUUAAUUGGUUGUUCAAAUCGACAAGCUGACCAACCAUUAUUUCAUCUAGCUCGUAUGCUACGAAUUCCUACAGCUGUUACUGCCGGUGAUUUAUGCAAAAAAUACCGCGGUUGGGAAUGUGUAGAAAUAGCCAAGUGGCUUAAUCAUUUUACUCCUAACUUGCCGAUAACUCCUGAUCAAGUUGCUGAUGGUGUAUUUCUGUUUGAUAAGGUUAUUCAUCUUACUGUUGAUCGCUAUAUGAAAACAAAAUCUAAAACACAAUAUAAUCAUUUUGAUACUACAGUCAAAAAACUUUUUGAUAAAGCUUUACAAGAUAUAUUUGACACUGAAGCUCAGUACGGGAUUCGUCCUUCUGCUAAUUUUCGUGAUCAUAUUGAAGAAGGCAUAUUCUUAUCUAUAGUUAGCCGUUACUUAGCCUAUGUAAAUCCUAUAGAACGCUUGCCAUUAUGCGUUUUAGAUGAUUUAUGUGAAGUGGCCGACUCAAAAUGGCAAUCAAAUAUUAUUGGUGGAAAAUCUAGCAUAAAUACUGGACGACAUGCUUUAAAUGAAUCAUCUUUAUUGACUCAACUUGUACAAUCCUAUCCUACAGUUGAUCAACGUAAAGCUUAUCAUGCUUGGGCAGAAAGGAAAUUAGAUGCUUUAGAAAAUAAUGAAAAGUCUUCUUUACCAUCGAUUGCCAAAAUUGUAUGUGUUAGCUGGGAGGAUCGUCUAGUGACUAGUCGAUUUAGUGAUCUAUUGAAUCCAUUGCUUAAAUCCGUAAAUAUAAUCUACAAUGCUGUAGUUACGGAAAUCGAUUGGAGUAGAGCUGGUAACACUACUACUACUACUACUACUAAUAGUAAUGAUAAUAACAGUAAUAUCAAUAAUAAUGAUAACAAUAAUAUUAAUAAUUAUAAUAAACACCAUAAUCGAAUAUUAAUAAAGGCCAAAGUGAAACGGAAUGCCCAUUUAACUCAGAAUGGUGAUGAUAAUUCGACAUUGGAUUCGUAUGAAGAGCAAAUUUAUGAAGCCAAACAUUGUAUUAUUACUGUUCCAGUUGGUGUGCUAAAAGGUCUUAGUUCGUCUUCAGCAAUCACUUUCUAUCCGGAAUUACCAUUGAAUAAACGUCAAGCUAUUGAACGUUUAGGAAUGCCUAGUCAAGGUUCUGCUACACAUGAAAAAGUAAUUCUACGCUUUAAAUAUCCUGAACAUGUGUUCUGGGAUACUAGUGCAGCUCAUCUCAAAUGUCCUGAUCCUCGUUUGCAUAUUCUAAAUUUACAUCGUUAUGGCAAACCGGGUGUUUUGUGCGCUCAUUUAUGGGGAGGAUCUGGUUUCCAUUCAGCUGGUCGAUCGGAUAAAGAAAUUGUUGAUAUCAUAUUAGAUUUAUUAGACUUAAUGUACAGUGGAAAAUACAAACCUGAUUCUGAAGUAUCAGGUCGUAAAAUUCCCGACCCAGUGUAUUAUUUAGUGACCCGUUGGUCUGAAGAUCCUUUUGCUUUAGGCGCUUAUACUACUGGGGAGCCAGGUAGCUCCGAUGCUGACCGGUUAGUCUAUUCACUAAGUUUAACUGGUUUGGAUGCUAAAAAUCAGCUGAAAAUUGAACAGAAAGAUGAUGUGUUUAUUGUUGACGAUAGCCUUAGUAGCAAUAAUUUGAACCUUACUACUGAUAAUGAAUUGACAAUUCCACGUCUUCUGUUUGCUGGUGAAGGAACACUGACAGCUAAAGAAGCCAAGGAAUGUACUCAUGGUGCUUUACAAACUGGAAUUGCACGAGCUAUUGAAUUAUUACCAUAUCUUAUGAAAUCUAAAUCAACUAUACCUGAUCCAUGUAUAAUACGUGAUUUAGAAAUUUUACGUAUCCAUGCACAAUCGAAUUUUUCUAGUUUUAGUACUAAAUUAGCUAGUUAUUUAUUUGGUAAAGUACAAUUGAAUCGUUUAUUAAAUUGUAAUAUAGCAAAUGGUAAACAAUAUCGUCGGGUAAUUUUAACACGUUCCGCCGAACAUACUGCUAAAAUUUUAUCAUAUCAUACUAAUACUACUGAUAAUGAUGAGAAAAUGAAUAUAAAGUUUGAUAAUAUCAAUCAUAUAAUUGCUACAAAUACUCCAUUCUCAAGAUCAUCAUUCUAUGGUUAUCGUCGACGUUAUAAUCAUUCAUCUAAAUCUUGUUGGAAUACAGAGAAUGAAAAUUCUUGUAAAUGUUGUUCAUAUGCUCAUAUUAAUAAACGUUCACGUCUUACUACUACUGGACGUAGAGGAAGAGGUAGAGGGAGAGGCCGAAUAAGAGGUUGUACAAUUUAUAAUCAACGUGGUAAUUUGAACGCCCAAAUCUCACAUGGUUUUAUUGUGAAACGACCACGUGGAAGACCACCUAAACGACAAGGACAUGCUGCAUUACAUGCAAUUUCUAGAGCACAUCGUUAUUUACGACAAGUGUCAUCUAGACUGGCGUAUAAUCGAUAUAGAUUGGAAUCUUCCAAUUUAUUAGAUAAACCAUUUAACUCAGCAUUACCAUCCUCCACGUCAUCAACACCAACAGUGUCUGUACGAGGCAGGGGUCGCGGUCGAGGUGGUAAACGAGGUAGACCACGAAUACACUUCCCUCGUACUUAUGAAUCUACUGGUACAAGUUGGGGUAAUUAUCUAUCUGAAGAAGAUAGACAAGAAAGUUUAUUACAAUUAACUAAUUUAUUAAAUGAUUUUCAAUCACCUACACGAAAAUCUAAACAUGUCUGUGUAACUAUACCACAAGGAUUAUGUUUAAAUACUGAAAUUAUUGUUGCUAAUGGUGAUACAACAAAAACAUCGAUAUCAAAAGAUGAUGGAGUAGAAGAGGAUGAAGAAGAACUUCUGUCGCAUAUUGAAGAAGAUAAUUCCGUUAAUAAUGAUGAUAGGCAUCAUUAUGAUUAUUCAGGUUUGUCAUUGGAGAACAACCAUGUGGAUGUUAUUCAAUAGUAUUAGUAGUAGUAAUAGUAAUAAUCAUAAUUUGAUGUAUAUAUUAUCAUUAUUAUGUUGAUGUGUAAAUGUAUUUAUACUUAUAUGAGAGUUGCCAGCAACGGUUGACAUCUCACUGCUUCUUUUCAUCCAUUUAUUCCAUCUUUUUUUUUAAUUAUAUUUCUUUGUAAAGAAAGAGGAUUAUCUUUAUUGUUCGUUUGUUUUUUCUUUUUGGUUUAUCGCUUAUGUUCUAACACUAUUCAUAUUAAUGAAUGUUGUUGUUGUUGUUGUUGUUAAUGAUAAUAAUGAUGAUGAUUCUCAACUGUUCACCAAUUGAUUGUAUCCUUCUUUAUGUAUAUUCACAAUGACCAAGAUGUAUGUGUUGUAUGGUAUGGUCAAAGCAUGCUUUAUGAUUGUUCCUCCUGUUCUUCUUCUUUUUCGUUUUGUGUACAUAUUUCUCUUUCUCAAUGUGUGUGUGUGUGUUUUAAUCUUUAUUAUUUUUUUUACAUUUUAAACGAGAGAGUUACUAAAUAAAGAAUAAAAAGAAAACAUACAAGAUCUUUUCAAGAAUCAAAAUAGAUUAUAUUGAUAAGUUCAAUGUUGAAUCAUUUUAUAAGUAUAUUCUAUUCUGGAACUCCACAGAGUAGUGCUCGUCCACAAUCCCCGCCUCACGAGAUUCAAACCCAGAAC